CCCCAUUAGAUCCGUUCCUAACCUCCGACCGACCUCUUCGAUCAAUCGAAAGGGCUACAGGGAGAGCGUGAUUGCUACCGGGAUGGAUGCCUUCGGGGGGUUCUUCGUCGAUGAGAAGGCGAUCCGCGUGGAGAACAUCUUCUUGGAAUUCCUUAAGAGAUUCAAGCAUGAUCCAAACGCGGUGGAGCCGUUCUAUGAGGCGGAGAUCGAGGCCAUGCGGCACAAGGAAUCCACCACCAUGUACGUGGAUUUCUCCCAUGUCAUGCGCUUCAACGACGUCCUCCAGAAGGCCAUUUCAGAGGAGUACCUCAGAUUCGAGCCCUAUCUGCGGAAUGCUUGCAUGAGAUUCGUAAUGGAGCAGAAAUCGAGCGAGAACAGACAACCUAUCAUCGCAGAUGACAACCCUAACCGCGACAUAAAUGUCGCCUUCUACAACAUUCCAUUGUUAAAAAGGUUGAGGGACCUGACGACAUCAGAGAUUGGGAAGCUGACUUCUGUAAUGGGGGUCGUUACCCGGACAAGUGAGGUCCGGCCAGAGCUCCUGCAGGGGACCUUUAAGUGCCUUGAGUGUGGCGGAGUCAUUAAGAAUGUGGAACAGCAAUACAAGUAUACCGAGCCUAUAAUAUGCAUGAAUGCUACAUGUGCAAACCGAAAUAAGUGGGCAUUGCUUCGGCAAGAGAGCAAGUUCACAGAUUGGCAACGGGUAAGGAUGCAGGAGACAUCUAAAGAAAUACCUGCUGGUUCUCUUCCUCGAUCUUUGGAUGUUAUUCUCCGACAUGAGAUUGUUGAGAAGGCAAGGGCUGGAGACACGGUCAUCUUCACUGGCACAUUGGUUGCGGUGCCAGAUAUUAUGGCACUGACUUCUCCAGGUGAGAGAGCAGAAUGCAGGCGUGAAGCUCCUCAGCGUCAAAAUGUAUCUGGUGGCCAUGGAGGAGUCAGCGGUCUCAAGGCUUUGGGAGUAAGGGAUCUUUCAUAUCGCCUCGCUUUCAUUGCAAACUCAGUGCAGAUAGCAGAUGGUAGAGGGGAUGGAGACAUCAGAGACAGGAAGAUAGAUGUUGAUGACAGUGAUAAACAGGAGUUCACACAAGAAGAGGAAGAUGAGGUGAUGAGGAUGAGGAAUACCCCUGAUUUUUUCAAUAAAUUAGUUGACAGCAUAUGCCCCACGGUUUUUGGUCAUCAAGAAAUAAAGCGAGCAGUUUUGCUUAUGUUAUUGGGUGGUGUGCACAAGUUAACCCAUGAAGGAAUUAACCUUAGAGGUGAUAUCAAUGUGUGCAUAGUAGGAGAUCCAAGCUGUGCAAAGUCUCAGUUCCUAAAGUAUACUUCUAAUCUCGUACCCCGAUCUGUUUAUACAUCAGGAAAAUCCUCCUCUGCUGCAGGUUUGACAGCAACAGUGGCUAAAGAGCCAGAAACCGGGGAGUUCUGUAUUGAGGCAGGAGCUCUAAUGCUUGCAGACAAUGGUAUAUGUUGCAUAGAUGAAUUUGAUAAAAUGGACAUUAGGGACCAGGUUGCUAUACAUGAAGCAAUGGAGCAGCAGACUAUAAGUAUCACCAAAGCAGGUAUACAAGCCACGUUGAAUGCAAGAACUUCAAUUUUGGCGGCAGCAAAUCCUACUGGAGGACGCUAUGACAAGUCAAAGCCCCUUAAGUACAAUGUGGCCCUUCCUCCUGCUAUUCUUUCAAGAUUUGAUCUGGUGUACAUUAUGAUCGAUGAGCCAGACGAAAACACAGACUACCAUAUUGCUCAUCACAUUGUGAGAGUUCAUCAGAAGAGGGAGGAUGCACUUGCCCCUGCAUUUACAACUGCAGAGUUAAAGCGAUACAUAGCAUAUGCUAAGUCUCUGAAACCUCAGCUUAGUUCGGAAGCAAAAAAUGUGCUAGUGGAAUCAUAUGUAGCUCUUCGUAGAGGUGAUAGUACUCCUGGAACCAGAGUGGCCUACAGAAUGACAGUUAGGCAACUUGAGGCAUUGAUCAGGCUUUCUGAAGCAAUUGCUAGGAGUCAUUUGGAGAAUGUGGUGCUCCCAGCCCAUGUUCGCGUGGCAGUAAAACUCCUAAAAACAUCCAUUAUCAGUGUUGAAUCUAGUGAGAUCGAUCUUUCUGAUUUCCAAGAUCAUGAAGAUGGUGUUGCAGUCAAUGUUCCUGAUCAAGAUGCUGCAGAGUCGGCUUCUGAUGGAAUUAGUCCAGCAACAGAAAAUGGAGGUAAUGAACAAGGAUCUGAGAGUCAUCAGAAAAAGAAACUUGUUAUAACUGAAGAACACUUUCAGAGAGUUACCCAAGCCCUUGUUAUGCGUCUGCGGCAACAUGAGGAGGCAGUAGCGCAAGAUGGAAGUGGUUUGGCUGGAAUGAAGCAGGGGGAUCUAAUUAUUUGGUACGUGGAGCAGCAGAAUGCCGUAGGUGCUUACAGUAACACCGAUGAGGUCCGGGAAGAAGUCAAGUGCAUCAAAGCCAUUAUAGAGAGGUUGAUACAGAGGGAAGGCCAUCUGAUAGUGAUAGAUGAUGGAACGAGCUCAGCAGCGUCGGAUGGUCAAGCAAGAAGAUCGAGUGAGAACCGAAUUCUGGCAGUGGCUCCAAAUUAUAUUGUCGAGUAGGAGCAUCUGCAAGUGCAGGCUGCAGUCCUUUUUAGAGAUUUCUACAUAUAGGAAGACUCGGGAUGGGACAAUUAGAGACCUUGUGUAUUAACUAAUUACUACCGCAAUGCUCGUCCGUCCAGCCCUAUGCGAGAGUUUGUACCACUGUAAGUGUUUGCUUUAUUUUUAUGAUAUCAAAGUUGAGUUUCAAGUAUCCUCUCUACGUUGAAGAAACUGCUUUAAUUAUGAACG